AUGUACUUCACCACCCACCUGCGCGACCAGCACACCGUGCCCGUCUCCCUGCGCGCUGUCCAUUGCCAAAGACCCGCAAAAGCACCCUCCAAAAGGAACCCCGCCGACUCGUCCGCCCGCGCCAGCUCCGACUCUGAUUCCGACCUUUUUCACGGCCAGGACGAAGAAGCACCAUCCACACCAGCACCAGCACCCUUCCCGCAAGCACAUCCACGCACCACAGGCCAAUCGUCCACCGCCGUCUCGCCCGCCCCGGAAAAAGCCCAGCUGCGUGUCGCAGGCCUAUUGCCCGACCGCGCACACGACGUGCCUCCACCACCCUUCCCCCAUGCGCCUGCCAGCACUCUCAAAAAGCCCCAUGGGUCCACUAGAAUCCAACAGCAAAUGGCCAGCCCACCUGUCCAUCUAUACGCUGUCGACCCCGCUCCCACGCACCCGCUGGCCCACGACCCCCACGAUGGCCUCAAAAGGUCCCAUCUCGACAACCUCUCCACAUUAAUGCAUUCGUGUCUGCUCAAGGGUGACUAUGACCGCGCCAGUCGGGCCUGGGGCAUGAUCUUGCGCACCCAAGUUGCCGGUGGAACCCACGUCGACCCUCGCAACCAUGGCCGAUGGGGUGUCGGCGCCGAGAUUCUUCUUCGACGCAACCCGCAAACGCCACGCCCAGACUCCCACGACACACCCCAGCCUGCUCAUCAAACUAGCCUUUUCUCCCCAGAGGGUUUCGAACUGGCUCGAAAUUACUACGAGCGCCUCAUCGUCCAGCACCCAACCCGGAAAACCCAGCCAUAUGCCGUCGACGAGCGCAUCUUCUAUCCACCCAUGUUCUCGUUGUGGAUCUACGAGGUACGCGAAAAGAGCAAGCGUGCAAAGAUGCAGCUGCAGGACGAACUCGCCAACCGAUCCGUAACGUCGAGGAGCAUGUCAGUUGACAGUGCUGCUUCCGGAAGGCCGGAUGACUCUGGCGCAAAGGAAGAGGCAAUCCGUACAGACGAGCUGGCCCAGGCUAUCGAGAUUGCUGAGCGUCUUGACCAAGUCAUUUCAUCACCGCCCUUUGACAGACAGGCCAAUCUUCUCCAACUGCGUGCCAACGUUGCCCUGUGGAUCAGCGACCUUGCACUCGGGACACUCGACGUCGACGAAGACUGGGAUGCUGAAUUUCCUGCACGAAUCAGCGCAAGCAGCAACAUGCCCGUUUCAAACAGAAUCCAGCGUUUGUCCAAUGCUCGCAGAGAGCUCAAGGAAGCCCACGCUUGCUUCGAGCAGGCUGCAGCAAACGGCGCUAAAGUGCAGGCUCCACUUCUUUCCAGCAUCAACCUGAGACUCACCCAAGUGACCAAGUACUUGGACAAGUUGCAGCCCUCCCAAUUCGAUGACGACGACUACUAG